AUGAAAGAGAUCUUGAUCAAUGAUCCCAGUGUUUACUCUCAAAACUUUGGUCAAUCAAGAACAUCAAGACUAACAAGUAUGAGCACAACCUCAAAAAAAAAAAUUGAAGUUCUCUUGGAAGCUGUAGUUUCCAACAACAUCAAUGACGAUCAUGCCAGUAAUCUUAAUCCUGUUAUCAGCAACAAUAAGAAUGAGGAGAGUUUAACAGCCACUCUGCUAUUAACUGAAAGAAGUGAUUAUCUUGCUAGUGUAAAUAAAAUUCUGAGCACUAUCACCUAUUUGCAUAAGGAAACGCAAGAUGAAGUGGCCACAGAGCGUGAUGUCUUUAUCAGUCAGUUGCUUGAAACACAUGAGCAAAGAGCAGCCAAACAAGCAAGAGAUGAGAAAGAUAGAGAGCUCAUACAUAAGUUCACCAAGGCUUGUAUAAAUGAAUUGCAGCAUAGACAAUUACAAGACAAUGUUAUUCUUGCUGAGCAGAAACAAUUAAAUGACUUUUUAGCACAGUUUCUCCAGUCUAGAUAUAAUAACAAUCAAUAA